AUGAGUGUGCCAGACAAAGCACUGGAUGAGUUUGCGCUGCGGCAGUUCACGGACGGCGACUACGCCGGGGACGCGUGUGGCGAUGGGGCCCGCGGCAGUCAUGGUGCACGUGAGAGUACUUCGGCGAGCGCAAGCGCAUCCAGGACGAGUUCUGCGACGCCCCCGUGCUAG